AUGGGACAUCCAAAGAUUGCUUUAAGAUUGAUAGAGUUGGGUGCCGAUAUCGAUAUAAAGAAUCAAGAUGGUUUCACUGCAUUACAGUUGGCAGUGUUGAGCGGAGAAUCUGAUGUUGUAAAGUCAUUGUUGGACAAGGAUGCCAAGGUUUCAACCGAGAAUACCAGUGAAGCUGGUAGCAUUUUGCAUACCGCAUACGGAAUCAAAGAGAAAGAUCUACCAAUUAUCGAUUCGUUGAUUAAGAAGUAUCCACAAUUGUUGGCCACUCGUGAUGCCAAUGAAAUGACACCACUCCACAUUGCUUGCGCUUAUGGAAACACAGCUUAUGCACGUCAGUUGAUCAAGUUGGGUGCUGAUGUUAAUGCUGUUGCUGCCGGUGGUUGCACUCCACUCCACAUUUGUGUAGACAGUGAGAAUCUCGAAGUUAUCAAAGAUCUCAUCGGUAGUGGUGCCGUUCUCAAGUUGGAUGAGACUGGUGAAACACCAUUGCUCAUGGCCAAGAACAACAAGAAAAAGACAAUCGAAGAACUACUCACCAAUUUGAAACUCGACCCAACUCCGUACAAGCCAGUCGUCACCAACAAGAGUAAAUCAUCUUCCAAACCAAAGGUUAGUGCAGAGGAUUUGAAAGAGAAUGGUAAUCGUGCUUUUAGAAAGGGUGACUACGAUGUCGCACUCAAUUGGUAUCAGUUGGCAGCUGACGUCGACGAAGUCAGUCGUGAGAUGGACCCAUCAACAAAGAACAAAGAACAAAUCCAAUAUAUUUUAUUCAGCAACAAGGCAGCUUGUCAUAUCUCAUUAAAGAACUAUACUGAAGCAUUGAAAGACGCAGAAAAAACAAUCGAGCUCGCACCAGAAUGGCCAAAAGGUUACUUGAGAAAAUCUCAAGCUCUAGAAGGUUUAGGAAGAAAAGAAGAAGCACAAGAAGCAACAACUAAAAUGAAUGUACUAAAUGAAUUGGAACAAUCAAAACAACAAAAAUAA